AUGUCUCACUUCAAUCAACAACUUGAUGUCCCCGCCCAGUUCCUUCAUGCAAUCAAUUUUACCUUGCCUAAAUUCUGGCAACACGCUCCAGAACUUUACUUCAUCCGCAUAGAAUUAACCUUUUAUUCUGCCAACCUUACCAAGGAACUAGCAAAAUACCACAAACUUGUGGAGCUCCUCCCCGAUAGUGUCAUCUCUCAAGUUCAGUCCUUGCUAGCUAAUCCUCCUGUUGAUGCUCCUUACUCCACGUUAAAGGCGGAAAUUCUACGACUUAAUUCAGUAUCGGACCGACAGCGGUAUCACCAAUUACUUAAGGAGGAGUCACUCUGUGAUUGGAAGCCUUCAGAGCUUCUACGUCGAAUGCGAUCUCUCUUUGGAGACAUGGAAGUAGACGAUACAUUUGUCAGGGAGAUUUUCCUAGAACGUCUGCCCGCAGAUGUUCAAACGAUCAUGGCUUCCGCCUCUGAAGACCUUACGGUCUCACAGCUGGCUGAGAUGGCGGAUCGAAUAAUAGAGGUGCAGCGAUUCCAGCCACCUUCCGUUGCCAAGAUCUCCUCAUCUUCAUCGUCAGUGAAUGAAAAUUUAUUGAAACAGGUUUCGGCCAUGGCAGAUGACAUGGCCUCCCUUAAAAUACAGCUCGACCGCAUAGCUUUCAGUCGCUCACGCAGCCGUCGUCGUUCUUGUUCGCGACCUCGGACUGCUGAUACUUGA